CAGAGCCUUUCCUUUAAAAACAGAUGGCAGCUCUGGGCGACUUCUUCUUACACUCCAUCUCAUGUUAGUAGCCCUCCCUUCACCUCGCAGCCUUCAUCCUCCCACUGAAGCUAUUGAAGCAACAACUCAAACCAUUCAGCAUAAACAUACAGGAGACAUGCUUCUCCAACAUCAGCGCUUUCAGCUCGGCGGGAGGGUCCAAGAUAUCGAGGUUGAAUCCAACCAGGCUACAGGGAAGCUGUGCGUCCUCCUCAGAGAUGUCCAGGAUGUGUUCCCAACCGCAGCUCGCUUUGAGCGGGAGGGGCGACCUGUGAGGUUUCAGAGCGAUGACCAAGGAAACAGAUUGGAGCCCUUGAGGAUUGCGUAUCACCCAGACAGCAUCCUUCAAGUCGUUCCUGCGAGACAAAGUCCGAUGCCAGUGCCCUCUUCUCCUUCUCGGUUGUCAACUUCUGGGUCUUCACAGCGUCCUCCAUCUCCCUCAGUCUUGCUGGGCUCGCCCAAUAUUUCAAGCGAGGAGGACUGGCGUGACUAUCUGCUGCAGAGGGGAGUGCGGAUGGCGAUCCUUGCGGUGGUCUCGAUGAUGACGGUGCUUGUGAACCAUCUGGUGUCGAGCUGGAUGUGGCGCGCAAACCUGUACCCAAUAGUGGCGAUGUAUUGGAAGUUCGUGACAGGCUCCCUGUUGGCACUGAGUGUAGCGUGGUUCCUGAUGCUGGUGUUCCUGGCCGCGGAGGUAGUCUGGUUUAUAAUUAGUACCCCUAUUGCCACCAAACGGUCGAUGUAUCAGCGACUCUUCGAUUUCUAAGGGCGCCCUAGUCUCGCAGCCAGACCCUUUCAUUUUACGAGGGUUGGAAUCGAAUUCCUUCGCCACUCAAAUGAGGGUCUGGGUUCAAAGAUGGACUUAUUGACAGGGACGUCGUAAAAAUAAAAAAGGCAAGAAAUUAAGGGUCGCGGUCCUUGCCCUCGCCUAACCAAACUGAACCACGGCCAUAUUACCUUGGCGCAUGUUCCUCA